AUGGCUACUGAAGAGGGUGCUACGUUCUUUGAUCGGUUUCCCAAAGAACCCAAUGGAAUUGAUAUUCUAGAUGUAAAUAAUUUGCUGGAUUUCAUGCACAAUAUUAUUGUAUUUUGCGAUAUGCAAGGCGCUGCACUUUUUCCUGUUAAAAGUGAUGUCAGCGGCAACAUGCAUAAAGUUAGAAAUGCAUGUGAACGUUUAAAUGUUUGUACGAUUGAUGAAAUGCUUGCCAAGGAACAGGAGACAGGUAUCGCCAAAAGGGAUAGUUCCGGCUCUGUUGGCAUUUUGUGGCUAUCUCGGACAGUUGAUUUAAUAUUGGAAUCAAUGGUUGAGUUCCUGAAGUGCCCAGAUGAAAAAAUGUCGAAUCUUGUUAGGAUUGCUUACGAACGCACUUUGAAACCUUAUCAUAGCAGAGUCAUGGCUUUACUUUUUUCCGGCGGAUUAAGAAUUUUCCCCGAUACCAACACUUUCCUGCUAAAUUUAGCCUAUAACAAGCCAAACAUGAAUGAAAAGGUAAUUGGUUUUUAUGUUUAUGUUGCUGAAUUGAACAACUUUUAG